AUGCUUAGUCAUCUUAUGCGCCGCACAUCCAGUACGACGUCUCAGCCAUUGCUCUUCAUUUUUGAGGUGCGUGUGCGUGUGUGUGAUCCAGCCCCAAUCGAUCCAUCGAUGGCGACAACAAGAACUGCGCUGUCAUCAACGCCGCCACAUGUUCAAAGCGAUGCAAAAGUUCUCAACACACAUGUACUUGCAUACCCUGAUGCAUUGCCUUAUUAUGACACCGAGAUAGACCAUGUGCGUGGACUCCGCGAGACUGUGGAGCAAGCCAUUGAGGAGGAAAAGCAGCAAUUGCCGUACGCGCCGCAAGACCUAUUGCCACCUGCCCAUGUUCCCUGGUCGGAUAAGCCGGCAUGGACAGCCGACUGGGAGCGAGCGAAGCGCGGAGAAUCGAUGCAUGCGAUUGAUACCACACGAUACCAACUCCCAGCGCCCAGCGGUGGCGCGGAGGCAUCUGAAGAGGCAUGGGCCCAUGCACUUAGGAAUGCCGAGACCCAGCUGGCAUACAUGGAAGCACGGCUGAACAACAUUGAGCUUCUGCGACGAUAUGGACCCAAUCUUUGGCGUCUUCAUAACUACCAGCAGGAAGCCAUGGUCGCAUUCGAGAUGCGUGCGAAAGAGCAUACGUCUCACGAAAUGGACGAGCUGAACCGGACGCGGAAAGCGACGCACUUGCACCUGGGCGACAAGAUCUCGACGUACGAAUCGCGAUGGCGUGACUUGGUGUCGAGGAACUUGUCGAUCCGAGUUGCCACUCUAACUACGCGUGCUAAUAUGCAAGAGAUCAUGCAACGCACAGAAGAUAUGAAACGGGAAUUAGCAUCCAUGGACGCAGCACAGGUAUAG